GAGUUUAGCAGGUAAUUGUUACAUCCACUCAACAGCUCCACACCAAAAGUGCGCAUCAAAACCCCAACGCCCUGAACCCUCCCAAUCAUCCUCGUCGUCGCCAUGGCGGACGCCGACGUCCGCAGCGGGGCGCUUCUCCCGGCGCGACCGACGCCGCAGCGGCGGAGGCAGAAGUGGGCGGUGGAGUUCGCGCGCUUCUUCAGGACGCCGCGGCGGGAUCCGUCCAAGCCGCCGCCGCCCGGCCUCCGCCUCGUCGCCCGCGGCAAGCUCCGCCACCACGGCACCUGGCUCCCGGCCGCCUCCCCCGCCGCGCUCUCCAUUUCCUGCCCCAGCCAGUCCUUCGCGGUCCCCGUCCUCACCGUCUCCAUCGGCGACGUCGUCUUCGAGGAGCAUUUUGUGUCCAUUCUCAAUUUUUCGUGGCCUCAGGUUACAUGUGUGACACAAUGCCCAAUAAGUGGGAGCAGAGUGGUGUUUGUGAGCUUUUGUGAUAAGUCCAAACAGAUCCAGAAGUUUGCUUUACGUUUCCCACAUCUCAGUGAUGCAGAAUCAUUUUUAAAUUGUGUUAAGGAAUGCUCAACUGAAACCAUGGAUAUCAGACCAUCUGGAAGUGACUAUCUUUGUGAAGAUUCAUCAGCAUCUGAAUAUAUUGCUUCUAGUGGAAUUCACCAAAGCUUUGAGGAGCCAGAUCAGCCUGUCCACAGAACAGAGACACCAGCAUUAGGCUACCAUGCAGAACCAGAUGAGCCUAUCCACAGAACAGAGGCACCAGCAUUAAGCCAGCCUGAGACACCAUCAUUACGCCACCAUGAGGCACCAGAAGAGCCUCUUCUUCAACCUCUCCUUGCUACCAACAUUGAUACCGUCUUCUCUGGUUUCCCCCCCAGUUUCACUGAUAUGCUGACACAAUUUUCAUGUAAAACUGAGAAAGAUGCUGAGGAACCAUAUCCAGUAACUGCAACGGACCAUGCACCACAAGAGGUGUCUAUGUUAGAUACUUCCCAUAAUGUUGCAAUUUCCACAACUUCUGCUAACGAAAUUGAUGUUAAUAGAGAAACAAGUGAUAUUAUGACAAGGAUAAAGACAUAUAUAUCUGAUGGCGCCUUCCAUGAUAUGUUGUUCAAGCUCGAGAGAGUUAUUGAUGAACUGGGUGGCGACUUGUCACUGUAGAUAGUAACAUCCUCUGUGGUGGGAAGGCCUUUAUUUGCCUAUGAUCUUAUAUGCAUUGAAGUCGUAGUUCACUUACUAUCCCUUGCAGCUUUUGCUCCUACAGAAUUUUGUCCAGUAAAGCUUCCAUCAAGAUGAGAAGUUUAUCUUGUCUCUAACAUAUUGCGUAGUACAUCUGAGGACUAUCUUGUGUGAAACUUUAGAGUUCGCGUAGUACUUGUUAAUCAGCGUUUCCAACCUCUGUUUAGAACAGGUCCUCUGUUUUAUAUACAUGUUAUCUGAAUUGUUGAGAGCAUGCUACCCCAUAUCCAGAUGUGUUAUUUUCA